AUGGAGAAGCCCAAUGCGCUCGGAAUUUCCGCCGAUGAGUUCAAGGCGAUUGAGCAGACGCGCCAACGUCUAUUCCAGCUGUCCAACAGCAUCCAGGGCUUGAAGAUUGACGUAUUGAAGAGCAAUCCGCUUCCACCCCCAUCAUCCCUCCAGGCGCAAUCCCAGAUCCUCCUCCGCAACCUCCAGUCCCUCCUCGAAACGCUGACGGAAAACACACACGUCUUCCAGCACCUUCACGUGUUCCCAGACGUCGCGUAUCCGGGCCGCGUGCACGAGAACAUCCUCCUGCAGCUCCUACGCAAGAAACUCGAGCCGGGUGUCGAAGAGUGGGUCGAGCGCGGCCGCGAGACCACGAGAGAGUUGCGCUCUUCCUCCUCUGAGGGAGGCGGCGCGGGUGAGGCUGGGCUCGAGGACGUCUGGCGUGGGGUGCGCGAGUGGACCGUUGAGCGCGUACAACGGUACGUCCUCGAGGAGGCGGGCGAUGUCUACACGGAAGAAGAGCGCGAACGAGGCAUCGAGAAUGUGAGGACGGGGCUGAAAAGGAGUCUUGAAGAUGAUGAAGACGAUGAGGAGGAGAGCGAUGAGGAGGGUGGUGGUGGGGAGGAUGGAGACGUCGUCAUGUCUGGCCAGGGUCAACAGCAGCAGGCAAAGCCACCGAAGCCGACUGGCCCGGAGCCAGAGAUGUUGUUCUGGUUCGAAGCGAGGGGGAUUUCGAUCUGCCACGGAAUGUGGACUUGUUGA